AAAAAAAAAAAGAGAAAACGACACGUUUUAAGGCUUGUAACACGUUAAAUUCUUGAAAUCAAAUUCCCAGAAUUUUCUAGGGUUUUAGAAAUUUUGCAUUAUAGCAAUCAAAGUCUAGUUGUUUGCAAGGGUAAAAACAUGUCGGAGACAAAUUCAGUUGUUAUCUCUAAUUCAUCUUCUAAUUCCUCCCCUCUCAAUCCUCCUUCCCGUACUGUCUGCCACGUCUGUCAUAAGCAGUUUUCGCAGUAUACUUGUCCGCGAUGCAAUUCUCGUUAUUGUUCGCUGCACUGCUACAAGUCUCAUAGUCUUCGGUGUACUGAGUCGUUUAUGCGAGAAAAUGUAGUGGAGGAGCUUAGGCUAAUGCAGCCUGAGGAUGAAUCGAAGCAAAAAAUGCUUGACAUUUUGAAAAGAUUUCAUUCUCAGGAAGAAAUGGAGAGCAUGGAUGAGGACGAUUGUCAUCUAUCUGAGGAGACUGUUCAAAAGGUUUUGUCUGGAGAUUCAAUGAGUUUUGAGGAUUUAUCUGCAGAAGAGAAGAUACAGUUCCAAAGGGCUGUGGCAUCUGGAAAACUUAGCAAGUUGAUUCAACCUUGGAAUCCAUGGUGGUUAAAGCCUUCUGCCCGAACAAUCUCUCUAAGCAAGGAAGGAACUCAACUUGUCCAACCGCUUGUUGAACAAGAAGCAUCAGCAUCAUCUCAAGAUGAUGGAGCCGGAGAGCAGUCUAGUGAGAUUCCUCCUGGCCCUGAGGCCCCAUUAACCCCAGUUAAAAAGCUUAUCUCAACCAAACCGUCACCACUCUUAGCUGUUCACUUGGUUGACAUUAUGUAUAGCUACUGUUUCACAUUACGCCUUUAUAAUGGGGAUUGGCAGUCAGAUGCCAUAGGAUCAGUGAUGGUGGCAUUGAGUGUCUCGUACGUCUUAGAUCAAGGUGGGCAGACAGAAACCGUGAUGGAAGUUCUGUGUCACUGCUUGGAACAAACUUGCUCUCCAGACUACAGGCAUAUCGGGGGUUUACAAUUUGGUUUGGGCAUCAUAAAUGAUGUAAUAAGCAUAAUCUCACUAGGUGGUCCUGCUUUAAUCUGUGCUCUAUGCGAUUUACAGAGGCUGUUUCAGGCUGGGGAGAGGGAACUGAAAGCGGAGAAAUUAAGAAAGUCAAGAAGGGCAGAAAUCAGAAGUAAGCUAAAGCUUGGUGAGAGGAAGAUUUAUUUUCUGAUGUGUUGGGUGCAUGAACAGCCACGGGAAGCUUGGUCUCCCUUGUCUAACAUUUUACAGGCAGAGAGAAGUAAAGUGAUGGAAUAUAGUAACAGUAAAAAUCAUCUAGUAAAGUAUAAAAACCCAGAGUGUAAGAAUAAAGCUUUGAUCGAGGAGAUGAAGUAAAUCUAUCAGCUACUAUAUGAUGAUAAUUUAGCUGUGCAAAUCUCCUGUAAAUUUGGCUUUCUGUGGGCAUGUUAAACGUCAUAUACUAAUUCCACAACGAUGUCGUUUUAGGACGGUUGUGUAGUAGUUGUUCUUUGGCCCAUUCAUAAUCAUGGUUAAUAACGGAAUAAAAGAUGGCGUGACGACAUGAAUCGACAACAAUCCAAAUGUAAUUCAUGGGCUCCUUGUCGAGUGUUUUUUCUUUUA